CUGAAUGCAGCUCUGUUGGGCCCUCCUCCCUCCUUGUCUCUCCGGGCCGACUGCUGAUUCACUCUCACACGUUGGCAGCUCACUGAAGAGAUUUAGUUGCCUGUGCACCUGUUCUCAUCUGAUAUAGCCUAAGAAUAAGAGAGAAACCAAAGGGGAAAUGGGACUGUAUUUAAAAAUCACAGCAGGCCUCCUUCUGCUUGUCCAAGCCUUUCACCUGGCAGCACUCCAAGAGUCAACCGACUCUCCAGGAAAGACAAUUGAUAAAGGCUGGUUCCGGCUAGUCAAAAACGAAGCUGUAAGUCAAAACACUGCAUUUCCUAAAGACGAGGGAGAUUAUUACCAGGAAGCUGAUGCGAAUGCUGAAUUCAGCAGUGGGAUAGCAUCUGGCUCCAUGGCAGUAAAUACUGAAGAAGAGCAGAAUGUGGCUGGCACAACACCCAACAAUCUGGCUGCUGUCACUACUGAAGUCCCUACAACCAGCAACGCCACCAUGUCACCAAAUGCAACAACUGCAGAUGCCACAAACUCAAGCCAGGUCAACAUGACAGGAGCCGAGGAGGAAUUUCACAACUGGACAAUGACUCCUCAAAACUCCACUACUCACCUGAGUGCACAAAACUCCACCAGCUUUCCAGAUAACUCCAACGGCACUGACUUACAGACGACAGCCUUGGCUCCAGAGAGCAACGCUACGCAAGCAUCCACAACAAAACCAGACGAAGAUAAAGGGUUGAUUAAUGCCACAGAAUCUACCAGCACAACAACUGUAACAACCACAGUGAAGCCAGAGAUAAAGGAGACAUCUGCCACGUCUUCAUCUACAACGGUGUCCCCAUUUGAGACCACAGAAACGAGCCCUGGGACUACAACUGCCGCUGCGCCGAUCACACCUGAGAAGGCCAACGAGACAGACAAAGAUGCAGCCUCAGGGAGCAGCUCAGAAAGAGGUUUGGCGACAGACACACACAAGACAAAAAGAAACGGAGCGUGGGGAGCUGUGCUGGGAACAGGAGUGGCUGUGGCCUUUGUGGCACUGGUGGCCUACGUCAUCCUGAAGAAGAAACACAGGAAGGGGUUCUCUCACAGGAAACUGGAGGAGGAGUAUCCUUCAGACCCAGUUCUCAGAUUAGACACCAGUGAACCCAUGGAUUUGAACUUUGGCAUUGGGGGUUCGGCCUACUACAACCCAGGACUCCAAGGGGACAACAUCCAAAUGAGCAACUUUCCAGGACGCCACAGAAACUGAAAAGACUCCCGAGACCAAAGUCAUGAACUCCCUUGAAUGAUAUGUUGCCAGUUCUGCUUGUUGGCAUGUGAUAGACGACCUGUAAUGUGGAGUUUUUAAAUAAGACUGUGCGAGGGUGACAUUUGUGGAUGCAGAGGAGCUUGAGAAGGUCUAUUGUCAGCCACCACAAACGAUAUGUCAGAUUAUGCAUUGUGUUGAGUAGAUUUAUUGCAUUGGAAUAGAGGGAUCACUGAAGGCAAUCUGUCUCAACUACACUGCAACAGCCAAAAUGAACUGUCAGCCAUUUCUGUAUGUUGCCAAGGGUAUCAAAUUACAUCUUUCCCAAUGAAAAAUAUGCAGUCAGUGAAGGAUGUUAAAAUUAUAUUUGUAAUAACUCGUCAUUUGUAUUUUUUUUCUGUGAAUAGGAGCCACAAUUUAUUUUUUUUGAAGACAAGCAAAACAAACACAUCAGCGCACAAUCAGACCAGCUCGAGAGAAGAAACCAGAAAGCGAUGCUGAUGCAAAACAUUUGUAGGGAAAAAAAAAAACACUGCUGUUGUUCUGCUGCCGAAACAACAGAUGACACAGCUGGCCUGUCGAGGCGUUUGCAACAAAAUCCAGAAGCCAUGGUGAACAAUAACAUUAUCCAUAUCAGCAAUCACCUGCUGUCAUGGCAUAAGGAAGACAAUAAAAAGCAAAAUCUGAAUGGCGCUUUCAGAUAUUUCCACAACUGGCAGUCACAGCCAGAGUCUGAGAAGUGAACCGUCAAACCAAAGACUUGAGUUUGUUUUUGUGCACCGAGAGGGAGGCGGAGGGGAGGGGGGGUGCUGUUUUGUUAUUCAUAGACUGAGAUUUUGGUAUUCAGGAAGGGAGUUGUGUAUUUGGUCUUAGCAUUACUCAGUAGCAACUACUAUAUCAUCAUAAUAUACUGCUUAAAUCUUCUGACCUCCAGGUGUCCAAACAGAGGUUUGAGCUUCUCGAGCACCUUGGGGAGUUACGUAGCGUUUACCUGCUGCAUACUUAGAGCGAAAUUAGAACAUAACUAAUGCAGAUUUUUUUUUUUGAAAAACAUUUUUAUGUCAUUGUUAUUCUUCUCCUAAGUUAGCUUUAACUUUGAGUGACAACCUUCAGCAAGAACAGUGUCUCCUUUUUGACUGAUAUAAUGUGGCUGGGCAAGGAGGGAAUAGGCAGGGAUUAACUACACUCUCUUUCAUGUAUUCAUUGCCUUAAUACAAUAAAAUCUAACAAUAAAUCCUAAUGAUUCAUUUCUAAA